UAAAUAUUCAAUUCAUACUUUUUAAUUAUUACCUAUUACUUAUUAGUUACAAAACAGUGAAACAUUUAACAAAUACAUUCCGAAAAUUUGUUGACUUAACUCAGAUUUCAUUGUAUAGCACAGUUAUUUGCUGUUUUAGAUGAAAUAAUGUUUUCCUGCAAAGAUGUUGAGAAAUCAAGACUAUUUAAAUCCGUAUCUUUGAUCAAUACUGUAUCAUGUGUUAGAUUUAGCAAUAAAUUCCUAUUAGCCGGUAUUGGCAAUAUUUUGCUGGUCUACGACACCGAGUCCCAUGAACUGUGUGUGCGUAGAAAAAUCUUUGACAAAUCUUCGAUACAUGGUAUUCAGUUUAAUGACAAACAAAUGUUGGUGGCCAUCCAUGGAGAAAAAUAUGUGGCUAUUUAUAAAGUGAUGGCUCAAAUAGAUUUUCUCAUUGAAUUUGAUUGUAUUUUAACAACUACUGAUUGGGUUUGUAACAUUCUAUGGAUGAAUUCAAAUUGUUUAUUAACAGUAUCUGCACAUAAUGAGGCAACAGUUUGGAGCUUAGACCUUAAAAAGAAAAUUAAUUCUUCUAGUUGUGAUGAAAGAUGUAUAUUAUACUCAGCAACAUCAACAGGAGAAGAUGAAGAAAAUAUUAUUGUAUUUUCAGGAACAGUUUUCAGAGAAAUUGUAAUUUGGAGUCCCUUUAGGAAAUCAAGUGGCUUAAAUAUCUUACACAGAUUACAAUUACACGAAGGUGUUAUAUUUUCAAUCACGGUGAACAAAUCUAAUUCUACUAUAAGUUCUACUUCUGAUGAUAGAAGUAUAGUGAUUUGGAAUGUUGAGCCAUUUGCUAAGCACCAAAAUACUUAUGAUCAUUGGAAGUUUGCAAAGAUUACACCAGCUUAUUCAUUUUAUGCACACAAAGCUAGAGUUUGGAAAAGCAUUUUAAUGCAAUCUGGCAAUAUACUAAGCGCUGGAGAAGAUGGUCAAAUAUGUCUAAAAACGUCUACUAGAACUUACCAAUGGGAAGAAAGUAGAGGUUCUCAAGUUCGUAGUUUAGACUGUAUGGAAAUAAAAAAUCUUGCAGCUAGUGGAUGCACGACUGGGAGUGUUGGUUUAUGGUCACUAGAUACUGUUCCUAAGAGUGAAAUUUUAGCUGAUUAUAAAAAAGAUAAUCGCUAUCCAAAACAUUUAGUUGUGUUAAGUAACACUAAUACAUAUGUACUUUAUUCUGAUGGCCAUGUUGUCUUAUACAAAAACAAUACCAGUCAUAAUGUCUAUCAGAACGAUGUCUUAUGUUGCACUCUGACAAUGGUAAAAUCCCCAUGUGAAACAAAAGUAACUUUUACAACUAGUAGUGGACAUAUAGUCAUUCUAAAAAGUACAAGUGUUCAAGUAUUUUUUGAUAAAAUUUCUACAGUAAAAAUUGUAUCUACAAUAUGGUUGAAUAAUAAUCAAAUAAUCGUUAGUUGUAAAGGAAAUUUAAUUUUUCGUUAUGAAGUAUUUGAUGACCUAAAAAUAAAUCAAUUGGGUACAUUUUGCAUUUUAUCAAAAACUAGUUCUUGGAUAACAACUGCUGUAUUAGUUGAAGGCCUAAUAUUUGCUGGUUGUAACGAAGGAUCUAUUUACUUAUUCAAAUUAAAUAAGCAGGAACCAUUAAAAGUAUUCAGUAAAAUUCACAGUUUUGCUGGUGUUACUGCAAUGUGGAUACAUGAGAAGUAUUAUAAUUUUACGGUCGUAAGUUCCGUAGGACGUGAUGGUCAUCAUAGAUUCUGGAAUGUUUGUUCACAAUCAGAAUCAGUGUUUGAAAUACGUUGUGAUAUAUUACCUACAAAAUGGCCAUUUGUCAUCACUAAUUCUAAAGUUCAUGGACUAUUGAUUUGUGGUUUUAAAGAAAGCAAUUUAAUUGUCUACAGUUCAGUAGAACAAAGAAUUUUGGCAACCGUUUCUUGUGGCGGUGGUCAUAGAGCAUGGGAUUUGUCAUUUGUUAAUAAUUGUGAUUCAAUAUAUUUUGUUUGUAGCUCUUCAAAUAAUAAAUUAGAAUCAAAUGAAAUACCCUUACAUGGUCAACAUAUGCUAUUGAAAGGUUUUCAUUCUAUGAUUGUAAAUUGCAUGGCACAAAUUACCGAUGACUUAAUGAUUACUGGCAGUGAUGACACUACUGUUAGAUUGACCCGUUUUAAUGAUGAGGUUGAUAAUUUGUUAACAUUAAGAAGUCAUAUAUCAUCAGUUCGUUCUGUAUCUUGUAUUACUUUAAAUCCUAAUGUAUACAUUAUUGUUACAGCUGGCGGUAGAGCUCAGUUGAAAAUUUGGACUUUAAAUAUAAUAGAUAAUAGUAUUUAUUGUGAAGAAUCAAUAUCACAUUUAUUAAAAACUAAACAAGAAAAAAAACCUUGGAGAUCAGUUAUACCUUCAAAUGAAGGUGAGACACGCUUUAUGGAUGUUUGUGUUCAGUACACUAAAUCAAAAUCAAUUUUAAUUUCUGUCGGAUGUUCUGAUGCAAUUCUUAGGUUAUAUAAUUUUGAUACAAACAAUAAAACUUUGACUUUAAUUGAAGACAAUUUGGACUGCAACAACUGUAUAUUAAAGAUUUUACAUGUUCAAUUAAAUAAUUUUCAUUAUGUUUUAACUGCUGAUACAAAAGGAUUUGUUAAUUUUUGGGAUAUUUCAAAAUAUAUUGAUGAAAGUGAUGUAGAACUAAAUUGUAUACCAAAGUAUAGACAUUGUUUACACCAAUCUGGUAUAAACUGCUGUGAUUGGUUGGAAAUUGAAAAUAAUUAUGGUUUAUUGGCUUCUGGUGGAGAUGACCAACGUUUAAGUUUAACAAUUUUUCAGUAUGAGGAUACUGUAACAUCAUUAUGCAAUGUUUCUAUUUGUGUCCAUUGUUCUCAAGUUACAGGUGUUAAAGUAUACAACCAAUUUGUUAUAACUACAUCUGUGGAUCAGAAAAUCAUUUUUUCUUCGUGGAGUUGUGAUUUGAGUUCCAAAACUAUACAAGUAUCGCCAUUUGCAUCAUACUUUACAACAGUUGCAGACAUCCAUGGUUUAAUAGCUCAUAAAUAUGAAGACGAAGUUAAAGUGAUCGUGUACGGCCAAGGAGUAGAAACGUUUUGCGCAGAUAUGAGUUCGCUAACGCAGUCGCCGUCAUCAUCGUCUAUACAGGUACGUCAGCAGUUCAACGUCGAACGCGUGACACCGGCUUUAGAACUCGGAGAAGGCCCGCACUGGGACCCGUCGACCCGCAGCUUGUAUUUCGUCGAUCUGCAUCAGGGCAAGAUCAACAGAUACCACCCGGAAUCAAAUAGUUUCUUCAGCGCCAAGAUAGAGGGCUACAACGAUGUAACACUCGUCGUGCCGAUCGAGGACAAGGCUGAUAUGUUUGUGGUUGGUUUGGGCCCUUCAAUCGGAAUAGUGCAGUGGGACGGUCGUUCAAAUACAACGAGUCAGCCCGAGUACCUGAAACUGAUUGAUGAGACACCGGGCAAUCGCCUGAACGACGGUAAAGCGGACGCCUCUGGUCGACUGUGGGUUGGAUCCAUGGGUUCGGAGAUAGCAGAUAACCCGGGUCACUACUAUAAGCGUCGUGGUUCGCUGUUCUCGGUAGAAUCUGACGGCACUGUCAACAAGCGCUUGUCCAACGUGAGUAUCUCCAAUGGGAUGGCGUGGAGUUCAGACAACAAAGAGUUCUACUACGUGGACACUUACAAGUUUGCGGUCGAGGCGUACGAUUUCGAUAUCGCCACUGGAGACUUAACCAACGGAAGAGUGAUUUUUGACUUAACGGCCAAUAAAGUCGUCGGCGAUCCGGACGGCAUGACCAUCGACACAAACGGAAAUCUGUGGGUAGCGUGUUUCAAUAGCAAUCACAUCUUGAAAAUCGAUCCUAACACUGGCACGCUGUUGACAACCGUUCAAUUUCCCGCCUAUCAGAUCACCUCGGCCGCAUUUGGUGGAUCGAAAUUGGACGAGCUGUACGUGACAACAGCCGGUUACCAGCUAACCGAAGCACAAAAGACCAAACGUCCAUAUUCGGGGGCUCUGUUCCGAGUGACCAACACGGGAUCCACUGGUUUUGAAGGCGUUUCCGCAAAAAUACACGUGUGCCCGGAAAAUCAACUGCACAUGAUAUAAGAAAUAAUAACUGUAUAUAUAGUGAUUAAAUUGUAUUUAUUAUGUAUUAGGUAUUCAGUGUAAAUAUUACUGUUUGAUUGUGUAUAAACUAUAAAUAUUUAUGUAUAUGUAUAUUAUUGUUAAUUAAGGAAAUAAUUAUUAUAUUAUUAAACUAAACGCAGCUGUGCGUUAUUACAUGCGGAUUUUAUGAAAUACUAAUCUUUUAUUUAUUAUAACUUUAGGAAUUAAAAAUAUCAGUAAUUCUAAA